UCCUCGAGACUACCGCACAUCACGGCGACCACACAGCGUCAACUUCAAAACACACCGGACGUGUCAUGGAGGGAGGGUAUUGUGGAGGAUAUCGACGGCUAACGGCUACUUGACCUGCCCGGGGACCGAGGCAGACCGGCCGAGCUGAGCUGGAGUGACUGGUCGUGUUCCUGUCCAUCCUGUGAGCCCACUGGCUGUCGGUCCAGUGGGCUGCUUGAGGUCUCUCGGAGCUGUGGAUUGCAUCAUUAUACCACUGACAAUCGGAAUCAAAGCUCUUCCUCAUCUUCCUCCUCCCCCAUUUGUUUUUUUCGCUCGGCCUCACUCUCCACACACGCACACACCCUCUGACCACUCCUCCCAUGCUGGCUAUGGUCAACUCCCCCUCCCGUCUCUCCAGCCAGCGAGUUCAUGGAAGCUGUGUAAACCUCUGUAAAGUAAUAGGGCCUACACGGCUGCAUUUGCUCUCUUUUGUCAUGGCGGCUGUUGUUGCUGCAGAGGCCUCCCUCAGGAGAACACACAAGGGAGAACACAAGGCAGCAUAAAGCGAGGAAGAGAGUUGAGCGAGAGGCACCGACGCUGCCGUUUAUUUGACCGGAGGAGAAUGAGCUCCACGGGGCGACGGAUGGAAUUCAGUGGGGGUGAAAGUACAUGAUGUGGGACUGGCGUCGCCACCCCACCCCAAUCACAAAUUGGACCAACUUUCAAUUUUGGAGAUAUCUGCCACAUAGUGGCGGGCAUCGAGGGAUACAGUGAAAAAGAGACAAAGUUGACCAGACUUUUUUUUUCUUCUCUUGGUUUAGAGUAUUUUUCUAUAUAAUCGUUUCCCUUAGUGGUCUUUCUCGAACACAGCCCACCACAAGUGCCUUUUUUUUCUUCUUUCUUUUUGUCUAUUUUGUUUUGUUGCUUUCCAUGCUCUAUAUUUAUACUCCCAUCUUGCCACAGAUUAUUGCACGCAAUUUAGUCACCAUCGCAGAAAGCCAGGUUGUGCCGGACCGACCUGACUUUCUGCACUUCCUGCGCCCCGACCCUCGCUACUUCGACGACGCAGAGCCGUCGCCAUGAUCAGCAUCCAGUCCAAAUGGCGCUACCUUUUCAUGUUCCUGGGCAUUCAGCUGGUGGUCAUGGCGCUGCUGUCCCGAGAGGGAUACCAGAAGAGGGUCUCCUACUUCAUCCGCAUCUUCCGAAAGCCCGACGCCACGAGUUCGUCAGGCCGCAACCACACGGCGGCGGUCAUCGGCGGCGGGGACGUGUACGCCAACCUCUCCCACCUAUCCAAAACCCACAGCCAGGGAGAUGAAAUGCCUUACUGCCCUAAGACGUCCCCUCUUAUUGGUGGGCCGAUCCACGUCAGCUUUCCGUCGGGGCUCACGACCGCACAGGUUCAGAGGAAAAACCCCUUGGUGGUGCGAGGAGGACGCUACAGGCCGCCCGACUGCGAGGCGAGGCACCGGACGGCCAUCAUCAUCCCCCACAGACACCGAGAACACCACCUGAAGUUCCUGCUGUACUACCUGCAUCCUUUUCUCCAGCGACAGCAGCUCAACUAUGGAAUUUACAUCAUUCACCAGGCGGGGAACUACACUUUCAACAGGGCCAAGCUGAUGAAUGUGGGUUUCCGGGAGGCCAUGAGGGAGGAAGACUGGGACUGCCUCUUCUUCCACGACGUGGACCUCAUCCCCGAGGACGAUCGCAACACGUACGUCUGCGACUCCAACCCCAAGCACGCCGCCAUCGCCAUGGACAAGUUCGGCUACAAGCUUCCGUACAAGAUGUACUUUGGAGGCGUGUCGGCUCUGACGCCGCUGCACUACCUCAAGAUCAACGGCUUUCCCAACAACUACUGGGGUUGGGGUGGAGAGGACGACGACAUUGGGAUCAGAGUGACCCUGGGGGGGAUGUACAUCACUCGUCCAUCGGUGAAAGUCGGUCGCUACAAGAUGAUAAAACACAAGCUGGACAAAGGCAACGGCGUGAACCCAAAGAGGUUCAACAUGCUGGCCAAGACGCGGCAGACCUGGAGGCUGGACGGGAUGAACACGGCCGAAUACGAGACGAUCUCCCGGCAGUACCUGCCUCUUUACACCAACAUCACCGUGAACAUCGGCACCGAGGCCGGUCUGCAUCCGCCGCCGCCGCCGCCUCCUGCCAAAGCUGCAGUGGAAAAAACUGCCCAGGCCCCAGCGAAAGGAUCCGCCCAACCGCCUGCCACUCUCGAAGAGAGCCACGCGGAGAACGCGUCCGCCACGAGUGACCGCUAACCGUGCGUAACUUCAACGGCGUAAUCCUGUCGGACGCUGGAUUUUGUUCUCAAUCGCCGGGACUUUUUGUCAAUUUAAGAUUCAUCGUCAGUUCGCGGAGGAAUUACUCGGCGCACAGUCGACGGCGUGCCGCCUGCGGACAGUGGGAUGCCCAGUCGGGUGAAUAAAACACCCGAUUUGUUAAAAAUAUAUAAACGAUUGACCUGAAUUUCUCAGCCCCCAGGAAACGGCUCUCCGCUUUGGUUGCCGUACAUCACCGAUUCUUCUCCCGAGGGAGCCGCAGUGAGGAGCGGGUUAAAGUUGGACUCUAUGAGUUUAUAUAUCUACAGCGACGUGGUCGCUGGUGAAACCUCGAGUUGCCUUAGAAGCUUGUUCUUGUCAUUCGUACCUUACAUUAUUUAGAAUAUUGGGUUCAUUAGAGCAGUAGCUGCAAUUUCCAGCAGUUCGGCAUUUUUUCUUCUCUCUCAAAGCCAAUGAAUGAGUGAAUGAGUGAAGGAGACGGUUUGUUGUUUCCAGUCGAGGGCGGGAAGCUGCUACGAUGAGUGCUGAAUGAAUGAGCUCGACAGAUGUGUGUAUUCCUGCUUCUGACACAACGACGCACACAUCUUGGAGAGCCGUCUCUCAACGAGAGCCUCGGUGUCUGCAGAGAUGUUGACCUGCAUCCGUUCGGUUUGUAAAGUCGCGGACGCUGUGCACGCAUGUUCCGCCUCCUGUCGAGUUCGUUGGAGUCUCCCGUGUGAAUGAGUAAAGUGAAAACGUUGUAAGUUCUGUAGACACGAGGCCAAAGGCGCAGUUCCUCUUUGUAGCCUUUCAACUUACAACAUAUCCGUGAACUAAUUCUGUUUCUUAGGUCUUGGUGAUGAGUUUUCUGCUUAGAUGAGCUCGAGAUUCUAAACUUGAGUCUUUCUCGCUCGACAUUCAUCCUCACCCCGCGUGUACGUGCGUCCCAAGAGUGCGGGCUUCCUCCCGGAACACUUUACAGAUGCGGUCAAUCCUCACGAUGCGUCUCUUUCUGCCCAUCGUCCGUCUAAUCUAUCCACGGCGUGGACAAGCGAGCUGCUGCCUGGCGCUCGAGGUUCAGGAGCCGAAUGUAUCCGCGCGGCCCGAAGCUGCUGUUGCCGGGCAGAGGAGGCUGCGUCGCGCUUUUCACAAGACGCCGUCGGGAUUUUGCAAGUUCAGUUCAAUUGGAGGGUUUUGUUCUUGUUUGUGUUUAGAGAUAAUUCUGUGACUGACUUGGACCAAUUUGAUCAUUUCCAAAAACAAACUAAAAUAUUGUCUGAAUAGUCAAGUUGGCUCCUAGAUGUUAUUUUGUAAUUUUUUUUUUUUUCAAACUGAAAAUCUGUAAUGCUUUUCCGAUACCUCGAGAAAUAUUGUUGUGGGAGUCUCCUCGAUAAGGAAGCGAGCCGCGCGGCCUCCUCUUUCCCUUCUCCUCGUUAUUCCUUCGAUCUUUUUCUUUUGUCGUUUCAAACAAAGUAGAAAUGCGUCUUCAAUCUCGACUCCGUGGAUCUUUGUCACAAUGCGACUGAAAGCCAGUUCGUUCACAAAGUUAUCACGCGGGAGGCGUUCGCCAUUGCCGGUCCGCUGUUGUUGUUGUUGUUGUUGUGGUGCCCGUAUUCUGCACGUCUGCACUCUUCACUUCUCUCCACUCUUGACAGAUCUGAUUGUAAACUCGAGAGAAGGAAGCGGCCCGUUCCUCCGGUGGGAGCGGCGAACCAAAGACGGUGGCGUGGAAAGCUGCAGUGACGGAUUUAAAAAAGUGUGUCUGUGUGUAAACAAUAUACGUCCUGUGUUAUGAAUGGUUCUCCGUAACACCUUCCUCCUAUCAUCAAUAUUUGUAGCAUAUUUAAAUUCUGCGUUGCGAGAAUCUUAGACCACCAGGUAUUCACAUUUCUCAUAAUUUACCGGGUAGAAAAAGACAUUAAUUUAGUGAAGGAGUGGGGAUAGUUACGAUUUAAAAAUGAUUUAUUUUGUUUCAAAUUGUACUGAGAGCGUAUCUACACGUCUUUGUGGUAUUUGUCUGCUGAAGUGGACGAGAAGCGAUGAGUGGUUGCCUGUGAUUUUCAUAAAUAGAUACUAUAUACUGAUAUUUUCGUUUUGAUGUGAAUUCAUAUUUGACUCCUAUGGCCUUAGCAACACACACACACACACACACAAUGCUAAUAUUUCAACACGUCACUUAUACAAUAAAUAGCAUCUUUAUAUAUCAGACUAAAUAUGCAUGGCAGCAAUUAGUGAGGGAAAGUCCUGCUCACAAUGUGGAGCUGAUGCGUAGCCGAGCUCAUCUCGUACAUUUCUGAAGCAUGCUGAAGUGUCUUUUUGCUUUGAACUGGAAACUUCCGUAUCGUGACUGUAACGUUUCUAUCCGCUGUGCCGAGUUGCUCCUCCGGAGUCGGGCCUUUUGAGCAAAGUGUACAAAGGAGGCUUCUUUUCCCCAAAUCACAACGUACAGUCCACAUCGUUUACUUGAGCUGAUGGUUUUUUGUUUGUUCACGACUUCAUGUUGGAUCGGACUCUGUACCGGUGUGUAUGUGGAGCGCAGUCGUAACGGGCGAGUACUGAAGCAACCAGGGGCAGCGUGACGGCUGUUUCUGCUCUCUUUAUGAAUUCUGCACAGUCCAUAGUGGCCUUAAAUUCCUUAAUAAACUGAUUAUUCAAAAGCG